CUUUUUCUUUACUGCCGCUGCUACUUGCACUUCUUCCUCGCCUCUGUCGCAUCCUCCGCCUCUAUCGAUCCUUCCCGAUAUGAGCGUGGCGAUGAAUGGGGGAGGCUCUGAUCUAUUGUAUUCUAGCUAGAAUUCGACGCAGUCUCUUGGGAUCCAGUCUUCGGAUCAAGAUCUUCUCGCCGGAUUCGUAAUCGUUGAACUGGAAAACCCCUCGGUUGCUCUCUCCGGCGACUUCAAGACAUCAUUUUUAGAAAUUGGGCUGCGAUUUGCUGCAGUUUGUUACAUGUCGUUUUCGUUGCUAACUGUCGCAGCAUGAGCUUGAUCUGAUUUCAUCCCCAACUUGAGCACCAUGUGGAAGCAAUUCCUAAGUAAAUUGCCUCGAAAGUCUUCCAAAUCCGAUUCUUCCCCUGCGGCGGCGUGUUUAAACGGGAAUCCAAUCCGUUGGACCAGAAGCGGCAAUGUAGUUCCCUCUCGAUCAAGCACGGUCAAGCGAACUGCUUCCGCCAUAUUCCCGUCAAGUGUUGUCACAAGCAUUGAACCGCUACUUCUAUUCAAAGAUGUACCUCACACGGAAAAGAAGAACCUUUUCAUCAGUAAGUUAAAUCUCUGUUGUGUAGUCUUCGAUUUCUCUGAUCCCGACAAGAACACUGCUGAGAAGGAUAUGAAACGGCAGACACUAUUAGAUCUCAUUGAAUAUGUUGAUGCUGGGAGCUCUCGUUUCACUGAGUCCAUGAUUUCUGCUAGCUGUAAGAUGUUUGCUAGUAACUUGUUUAGGGCCUUCCCACCAAAUAUACGAUCUAGUUUUGUUGGUGGGGAGGCUGAAGAGGAAAAACCUAUGUUUGAACCAGCUUGGUCCCACCUUCAACUUGUCUACGAUUUGCUGCUUAAGUUCAUAGAAUCCUCCUCACUUGAUGCUAAGAUCGGGAAGAAGUAUGUAGAUCAUUCAUUCAUUUUGAGACUACUUCACCUCUUUGAUUCUGAGGAUCCUAGAGAAAGGGAAUGCCUGAAAGCAAUAUUGCACAGGAUCUAUGGAAAAUUCAUGGUGCAUCGUCCUUUUAUCCGGGAAGUGGUAAGCAACAUAUUUUGUCAGUUUGUGUUUGAGACCGAGCGACAUAAUGGGAUUGCUGAGUUGUUAGAAGUCUUUGGUAGUAUCAUCAGUGGGUUUGCAUUGCCUCUAAAAGAGGAGCAUAAACUGUUCUUGUGGAAGGUCAUUAUACCUCUGCACAAACCAAAAACGAUUGGCAUAUAUCUCCAACAGCUGACUUACUGUGUGGCGCAGUUUGUGGAGAAAGAGCCUAAACUGGCAACCUCAGUUAUCAAUGGGUUGCUGAGAUAUUGGCCUGUAACCAAUAGUCAGAAGGAAGUAAUGUUUUUAAGUGAGUUGGAGGAGAUCUUAGAGAUUACUAACGAAGUGGAGAUUCAGGAGUGUAUGCUUCCAUUAUUCCGAAGGAUUGCAUACUGUAUUAACAGCUUCCAUUUCCAGGUGGCAGAGAGGGCCUUAUUCAUGUGGAACAAUGAUCACUUGAUUAGUCUGGUGUCGCACAACCGGCAAGCAAUAAUGCCUCUAAUUUUGCCUGCCUUGGAAAGGAACAUUCAUAGUCACUGGAAUCAAGCAGUUUUGAACUUGACGCGAAAUGUGAAGAAGCUGUUACAUGAGAUGGAUGAGGAGCUAUUUAUAACUUGCGAGAAUAAUUUUGAACAGGAUGAAAUGGAGCAAAAGAUCGCGGAGGAGAAGCGAAGAAUGACCUGGCACCGCUUGGAGAGCUCCGCUGCCUUCCAGCCACUGGCCGGAAACACAGCUGUCCUGAUUAGACCUCCACUUGUUUCACCAGUUGUUGCUGCUGCCCGUUCUUGAAGAAAAUUAGAGUAACUCUAGAUCAAGCAGAGUGCCACAGUGCUUUUGCAAAUUUUUCUUUGGUCGCCUGAUAACUAUGCUCAAAAUUGAAGCUAUGACAAGAAAAAUGCAUGUGAGAUGAGUGGUAUCCAUUGUAUGUAAUGUGAUAUAUUAGGAGCAUAAAUUUCCCUUGUUCUUGUUUCCUCAUUCCGGAUUUUGAUCUGAGUUUGUCAAGAUCUCAGUGUGUUGAUCAUGCUUU